UUAGAGUGAUGGACCAGACUACAGACUACUGACUAGCCAAGUAGUCAAUUAAUUCAGUUUUUCUACCAGCAAAUGCGCAUGCGUCGAUUAUGUAUCACGUGAUCCACUGUGACCAAUCUGACAAUGAGGUUUUGGAAUGGUUCGAAAACUUUAGGCUCGUGAAAAUAGUUGACAUACAAAUUUACAUUCUGCAGGAAUAUAUAUACUUCUACUUCUACACGUCAUAGCAUGUUAUUUAUGCAUACAUUAUUUUAUUAUCUUGCAGAAUACAGCGAUAAGGUCAAAGGAGUUGUAUAAUACUUUGUUUCCCCAUAUUACCGGAUAAUCUCCUACUCUGCGCUGGAACUUUUUUAUUUCUAGACCACUUGUUAUUUGAAUACAGUAUAAUUUCACUAUGGCACCUCUAGCAGCUGAAAAAAUAGCCCCACUACCUGAAACUGAUGUAGCUAAAGGUAUAAAAGCAGUCCUUUUGGGACCACCUGGAUCAGGAAAGGGUACCCAGGCCCCUUUACUGAAAGAAAAGUACUGUGUUUGUCAUUUAUCAACUGGUGACAUGCUUCGAGCUGAAAUCAGUUCUGGUUCUACACUAGGAAGCAAGCUCAAAAAAGUCAUGGAUGAAGGUAAACUUGUCAGUGAUGAUCUUGUUGUUAGCAUGAUAGACAAGAAUUUGGACACACCUGAAUGUAAAAAUGGCUUUCUUCUUGAUGGAUUUCCGAGAUCUGUAGGUCAAGCAGAAAAGUUGGAUGAUCUGCUGGAUAAACGCAACACUAAGCUAGAUGCUGUGAUAGAGUUUGGGAUAGAUGAUAAUUUGCUCUUCAAGAGAAUUACUGGUCGUUUGAUCCACUCUCCCAGUGGCAGGUCUUAUCAUGAAGAAUUCAACCCUCCCAAAAAACCAAUGACAGAUGAUAUAACUGGUGAGCCUCUGAUCAGAAGAUCAGAUGAUAAUGUGGAGGCAUUAAAAAAACGCUUGAACACAUAUCACACCCUUACUAAACCCUUAGUGGAAUAUUAUCAGAAACAAGGUAUCCAUGAACAUGUUGAUGCUUCAAAAUCAUCAAGUGAAGUAUUCAGAAAUAUUGAUUCAAUCUUCCUCAGGAGAAGUAGUAUUUCAGCUAGACUUUGAAUGAGUUCAAACAUGUUACAUCAUUAUUUUCAUGGAAUUUGUUGUCAAGAUAUUUUUCUACUGAUUGGGUUCUCUAAUUUUGUAUGGUUUUCUGUGCAUUUUGAUCAAUUCAUCAAUUCAAAGUUCUGAAAAUUAAUUGAGUUGUUAUGAACAGUUGAUUAAAUAUUUUAAAUAAGUUGG